AUGGGUAUCAACGAGCAAAGACUGUCCCCAUCCCACCACCCCCCUGCCACACUAAACGCCCUGGGACGGGAUAAGGAUACACGAGACAGCAAAAUGACAGCAUUCAACUUUGCUGUUUUCGCUUUGGUUUUUAUCACAACAAAUGCACAAACUCCAGACAUGGGUACAGGAAUGACAAAUCCUACAGGCAUGAGCAACACAGGCGGCAUGACACAACCUACAGGUGGUGCAGGGAGUACAGGAAUUGGAAUGGGCGGAAUGAAUAAUCCAAUGGGUGGCAUGACUAAUCAGAUGGGUGGCAUGACUAAUCAGAUGGGUGGAAUGACUAACCAGAUGGGUGGCAUGAAUAAUCAAAUGGGAGGAAUGAAUAAUCCAAUGAGUGGCAUGAAUUAUCCGAUGUCUGGUAUGGGCAACCCUAUGGCUGGUAUGAGUGGCCCCUUCGGUGGUAUGAAUAGCGGAUUUGGCAUGGGAAGUCAGUAUGGCGGUAUGGGAAGUCAGUUCGGGAACAUGGGUAUGGGACCAAUGGGAUCAGCAUUAGCGAAUAUGGGUGGAAUGAUGGGAGGCAUGAGUGGUCAGGGUUCUGGACAGUCUCAAAGCUCUUCUGGUAGCUCGAUGAUGCUUCCUCUGAUGAUGGGAGGUGACAAGGGAAGAAACAUGUUUUUGAUGUCUCAAAUGAUGGGAAGACAGGGCGGCAACAGCAUGCUUCCUUACUUCGCUUUGAACGGUGGCCUGGGAGACAACAUGAUGAACAUGCUCCUCUUCAGCGGUAUGGGUGGAAUGGGAGGCGGCCGAGGCGGUCAAGGAUUUAACCCAAUGAUGGCCAUGGCUCUCAGCGGCGGUGAGAUGAACAACAUGCUCCCGUGGAUGUUCCUUAAUCAAGGCAGAAACCAGGGACAACAAGGCGGUAUGUAG